AUGAAAAAAUACGAAGAAACAAUCAAAACGAUGAAAGAAACGCCGCUAAAACGACGAAGGAAGGAAACACCACAAAAUGACGAAAGAAACACCACGAAGAAAACGCCAAAACGACAAAUACUUACUCCAAAACGACGAAGGAAAACGACGAAGGAAACACCACCAAAAACGACGAAGAAAGUACCACCAAAAUGA